CGCUCACGGUCCCCGGAGCAGAGAGAGAGGGCCGCAGGGACAGACAGAGAGAGAGAGAGAGCGAGGCAGAGAUUCGGACGGAGGUCACAUAACAGUGAAUCCUUUCCGGAUGACCCAGUCAUCUUUCUGUCAACAAAGCCAAAACGAUGCACAGACAGCCUUUCCCUUGAAAAAGGCACAAACAAGGGAUCCGGAAGAGAUUCUGACCAGGAGGAGAAUGAGCUGGGGGGAGCGGUCUAAAAAACGUUCAACCGUGCAAUCCAGAGAGAGGCCAGGUAUUGUGAUCACGAAACAACCAGAGUCUGCCUCUGUCCCAGCCGGGUGCCCUGUAACUCUCCAGUGUGUUGCUGUUGGACCUACCCCUCUGCAGUACCAGUGGUUUAAAGGCCAGGAGGAGAUUGCUGGAGCUGUUCAGUCAGUACUGCCCGUUAAUGAGAGAAGGAGUGCAGUCUACGUGUGCCGAGUGCACGAUCAGCAGAACGAAUGUGUAUUCAGCGACUGGGCGAAGAUCAAAGUUCAUUUUAUCAAAUCUGAGUUACCUCACAGGUGGAAGGGGGAGCCAGUGAUUGGACUACAGCCUGAAUCUCUGAGGGUCAAAGUUGGUCAGAGAGUGUCCUUGAGGUGUGUUGCUUUCGGAAUUCCUGCUCCAAAAUACCAGUGGUACAAAAAUGGCAUCCCGUUACCUCACCAAACUGAAAGGGAGUUGGUGAUAGCCACGGUCGAGAUGAGACACUACGGAACGUACCUGUGUGCGGUCAGCAAUGACCAAGGAGAAUGUUGGAGCUCUGCUGCUGACCUGAGUGUAGUUGAAAUCAUUCCUAUCGCUGUAUCAUUGCCUCCUCUCAGAGUGGCAGACUCUGGAGAAAGGAAAGGAACAGCAACGUUACCGUCCACCUGCCGGAAGCCAGAUGCACCUCAAGAAGUGAGCCUGUGUGCGACUGACAAAGUGGCGCUGCUGAUCGGGAACAUGAACUACGUGAAUCACCCCAAGCUGCUGGCCACUGUGAUGGAUGUUUUCGAACUGUCGAACCUGUUGCAGCAGCUAAAUUUCCGGGUGGUUUCCCUCAUGGACCUGACUAAAGAGGAGAUGCAGAGUGCAGUCAAGCAAUUUCUUCAGCUCCUGGACUCCGGUGUCUAUGCUCUAUUUUACUAUGCCGGGCAUGGCUACGAGUGUUCAGGCAGGAACUAUAUGGUGCCAGUAAAUGCUCCAAACCCGUACAGACCAGAGAACUGCAUCAACGUCCAGAAGAUCCUCUGCAAGAUGCAGGUGAAGAACACAGCCCUGAAUGUUCUCCUGCUGGACAUGUGUCGGAAAUGGUAUAAUCAGGAAUACUUGCCCUCAGACCUACAGCCGCUUGCUCCCACUGGGAACAUCGUCUAUGGAUAUGCGACGUGUGAAGAUGCGGAAGCCUAUGAGGUACAGGAUGGAGAGUACAGCUCAGGAAUCUUUAUGAAGUACCUUAAAAGGCACAUCCUGAAGAAAAAGAAAGUCACCCAGGUUUUGGAGAAUGUCUCUGAGGAAAUGGGGAAGGACCAAUUGAUUACCGGCAAGCAAGUGAUGGAGAUCAGACACACCUUGAAGGAGUGCCGGGCCCUGACUGAUGAGAUCUGUACGAAGGGUCACACAGUGCAACUCCGAGUGAGGAAUGAGCGUUGGAAACAAGCCAAUGAGCUGCCAAAGAGAAGGACCAUUCGCUUUCCGUGUGGUGUGGAAGUGGAGUUGAGCUGCAGUGCCAUCUUCUCCAAUGUAAUGAUUGUCUACGCUAACAUUAAGACAAGGCCCUCAGAUAUUGCCAAGUGUAAAGUCUUCCUUCAGAAACCAGAGGAGUUGGCAAGUGCCUGUUCCGAUCUCGACGGAGAGUCAUCCCAGAUCGACUCGCUUCUGUCGUCCCUGAGCGAUGACCAGCCGUCAGACACUACACUGAGACUGUGCGGCCUACAUAAACUCGAGCAACCUUUGCUUCUACGGCUGACCCUAAAAUACUGGAUCUUUCAGGAACACCCACAGCUGGAACAAACAGCAACGGUGAACUUGGGGCACCCACUGGUGGCACAGCUGGAGCUGUACAGGACAAUGUCCAGUGCCACCAGCACCAGCAGCACUAACCAGGACUCUACAUCGGUGCCUGACAUCACCAUCACGAAGGAUGCCAGCAGUUCCUGCAGGUCCGGAACACGGACAGCAGUCAAUAAGAGAGAGCUCAAAGCAUCAGUCAGCCGAGCCAGAACGUCCAACCAACCAGAGGAAAAUGAUGAAAGUGAAUUAUCAUAUGGGAAUCGGUAGCACAUCCUGCUUCUGGUCGGUGGGCACAUCAACCUGUAUUAAACAUUUGUAGGUAUGCACUCAGCAGUAGUGAUAACACUUGGGUUAGAUCCUUAUAUUCACGUUAAGGGCUGCUGGGCAGCUCCUGGUUAGUGCCUGGGUCUGCUGUCUGUAUUUCAGUGUAAAUGUGAGUCACUGCUUUGCACUGAGGGGCUGAAUGGCCUACUGCUGUUCCUUGGCUGGUCUGAACUCAGUGCUAAUUUCACUGGCAGUGUGCCCCCGUCGGGGACACAUUUCUGAGAGAGAGAAUGAGAGAUGCAGUGUUCCUGGAACAAGCUGGGCAGCUAUUUGAGCUGUCCGUUCACUUGCAUUUGUCUCCAUCGGCCUUCCCUCUGACUCCGGUAGGAUUUCAGCAAACCCACGUCAGGUCUGUUAGAUGCUCAGCAUGGCGACUUCAUCCUGGGAAUGACUACGGCUGUCCGGACAUAACUGACCCACAUCCUUGCAGCUUCUAAAUGGUUAGCUCCCUCAUUAAGUUCACCAAAUUGGUGACAUGUAGCUAAGUCAUUGUAACUCGAGUUAAUAAUGCUGCUGUCACUUCAUUUAACCCUGAAAUGUUAAUGCUGCUUGAAUGUAUAGGGACACCAGUUUGGUGAUAUAAUACACGCUCAUAAAGCCAACUGGUAUCAGCGAGAGUUUCUGGACUGUAAUGAUCGGGUGCUCAGUUUAUCCAAAAAUGUGUUUAAUCUGGGUAAUGCAGAAUCACAAGGGCCUGAUAGCGCACAACGGGCCAGUUGGUUCAAUGUGUCUGCACUAGCUCUUCAGGUAGGCAUUGUCGCCAAUCUCCUGCCUAGCCCCCAAACCCUUGCAAACUAUUUCUCUCCAAGUAGCCAUCCUCUUGACUGCCUCAAUCGAACCUGUCUCUGUCACCCUGCCAGGCAGUGCAUUCCAUGCCCCUUACUGAGUGAAAAAGAUUUUCCUCCCAACACCCUCGCUUCUUUGGCAGCCCAUUUUAAAUCUAUACCCUCCCAUCCUCAUCCCUUUGACGAGUGGGACCUGCUUCUCACUGUGCACAGCGUCCAGUAUGCAGAGGAUGCUGGAAAUCUCUCUCCAGUCUCCUCUCAGCCUUAUUGUAGGUUGUCCAGGGAUUGUGACUUGGGUGGUAGUUAUUUGGGUUUACCCCUGCAGUCCUCUCUGUCGUCAGUUCCUCAAACCAGUGGUGGAACAUACUCAGCAAAGGCAUUACUGUUCCUUCACAGGGCAGGGGGUUUACAGGCACAGAGCCACCCUUAAGAGUUUUGACAAGGGGAGGAGAUGCAGCACGUGGCAUUGUGUUUAGUGUGGUGCAUCUGAUGGGGAGGGGAGAAAAUGCAUUUUAUAAAUAGUAUUCUGCAAGCUGCUGAGAGGGAGGUGUUGUGUGCUGUGGUACAGAGUGGGAGGUCUUUUGAAUAAAUUCAUUGAAAAUUCAACAUCUUUUCUCCUCAUGCUGCAACACGAAGCGACAUCAAUCUUCCUGCUGAUAUUCCAGUGGCACCCAGAUUAGCAAAGUGCUGGCCAAGAUGAUGCAAGGGCAUUGUAUUAGAAAUGAAAUGUGUUAGAUGUCACCUGGAUUGAAGUUAAGACCGAAGCUUGUUUCAUUAGCUGGCAGGGUGCUAAUGCAUUCAUGACAAGCUCUGGGAUCUUGCUUUAGAUUUUACUGGGCCCUGUUUAUUUUUAUGGCGAUGUUAUUUUUGGUGAUGGUGAAAGCCCCGAAGCUAACCAGCUACUGGAAGGCUGGAGCCCGGCUCUCUGUUACAGUUCUCAUUCCUCUCUUUGUUUGUAACUGGAGCCCUGUCAGUGCAAGAGCUGGUGCCAUCAGGGAGCUUAAACGUUCAAAAGGUUACAAAGAAUUAUUAAGUUUCCAAAGUUUUUUUUUGUUUUGGGACAAGCACUUGUUCUGAGUCAGAAAGCGUUCUCCUCAUGGUUAUGGUGGAGAAGGGUGAAGCAGAUUGGGGGUACUGUGUUUAGUGCCCCUGGGCCAGAAGACUUGAGUUCUAGUCCCACCUGCUCCUGAGCUGUGUCAUAACAUUCCUAGACAAGUGGAUUUAAAAAAAAAUACACUCUGUCCCGCCAAGUUCCAAUGUAUCGCUGUGAGGUCAAAGCAGUUUGGAGAGAGUGGCAGAGUUCUGUUACACAGAACAGAACGGUAUGGCCGGGCAAAAUAUCAAGACAACAUAACUCGCACAGACUUUAAAGCUCCCACCAAAGUAAAGCUCUGGUGGAAGUGAAUGCGAUCAGAUCAGCCAUUCCCUUUAACAUAGAAAAUAGGAGCAAGAGUAGGCCAUUCAGCCCUUUGAGCCUGAUCUGCUAUUUAAUAUGAUCAUGGCUGAUCAUCCAUCUCACUGUCCUCUUCCUGCUUUCUCCCUAUAUCCUUCGAUCCUUUUCGCCCGAAGAACUGUAUCUACCUCCCUUGUGAAAGCACUCAACAUUUGGCCUCAGCUACUUUCUGUGGCAGAGAAUUCCACAGCUCCGCCCCCCCCCCC